GCGCCAAUGAGGCAGUUGACGAGCGGCCAUGACGACGACGACGACCAUCAUGACGGUCCGCGGGCCCAUCGAUGUUAGCGGCGUCUUGCCCGGCGGGAUCCUCGCCUGCCAGCGGGUGCUGCAGAAGCUACCAGCACACGACGCGGACGUGGCGAUCGCGCCCGAAGACCUCAUGCGCCUGCGCGAGCACCCGCUCGAGAAGCACAACGCGUGCCUGGUCAGCGAGGACAAGGCCUUUCGCGAGCUGGAGGCGCUGCGACGCUUUGGCUGCAACACGAUCGUCGAUCUGCAGCCUAAAGCGCUGCGGGAUCCGCGCCGCUUGCAGUCGCUUGCGCAGCGCCUGGACAUGCACAUUAUGGCGUCGACCUCGAUCGAUGCCACGCAGGACGCCUCCGUCGACGCCACUGCCAAGGCGCUGACACUCGACCUCCAGUUUGGCAUGGACGACACGUCCAUCCAAGCCAGCGUCAUCUACCAUGUUGUCGACGUCCGAAACGUGCAUUCCGGGCACUGGGCAGCCGUCGCACAGGCGCAGUUGGCCACGUCAGCGGCCGUGUAUCUGGAGCUUCACCCGUUCCCGGUGACCGGCUACGAAGCGAACGUGCUGGCGCUGCUCACGUCGUACACGGGCCGUCGCGACAAGCUCGUGCUCUGUCACUGUGACUUGUUGUCGCUGCCUAUGCUCACGCAGCUCGCAGCGCAGCAGAUCGUGUUGAGCUUUGACCUCCCGGGGCUCGAGGCUGUGACCGAGGUGCUGCCCUUUGCGACGCUGCCGCCAAACGCGUACGUGCCCCGCGACCGCGAGGUUGCGGCCUCUCUCCAAGCGCUGCUCGUCGCCGUGCCGACGGCCAAACUCCUCGUCAACAGCACAUUGCACUUCAAGACGCAGUACACUCGCUACGGUGGCGGUGGGUACACCCACGUCUGGACGAGCUUCGCCGCCCGAGCGCUGGGUACCGCCGACGUCCGCGCUCGGGUUCUGCUGCACGAACCGCUGGCACUGCUCGCCGGCUACGUUCCGCCGCCGUGUGCGGACAUCCCAAAAGACUACAUUCACUGCUCCAUCUGCUCUACAGCGUUCGAGCCGAUCGUUGGCGAGUACUUUACCAAGUUUGACUACGUCUACUGUUCCGCCAAGUGCCUCCGGAAGCACCGCAUCGCCGGCUUUGCGCCGCCAAGUCGGUAGUCGCUGCUAUAAUUGUACUGUGGGCAACAGAAGGACCGCGUUCGCUUGCUCG